GAUGGCGUCGUCACUGUGGCGGUGCUCCCAGCUGCUUGGUAAAAAUGUUUUGCCACCUUGCUCCCGGCCACUGGUGUCCUCCUGUUUUAGAGGAGAGGCUUACAGAUUACACAGGAGUGCAGCAGCAUUGCAGGUGCGAUAUGCCUCAGGACGUAAAGGUUUCCUGGGAGAGUUUGUGGACAACCUUCGUCAAGAGUUCAGUGACAAUCGGGAGCUGAAGGAGAACAUCAAAAAGUUCAGAGAUGAGGCCAAGAGGCUGGAGGAAUCAAAUGCACUCCAACAGGCACGCAGGAAAUAUAGAUCAAUAGAGUCGGAGACAGUGAGGACCUCUGAAGUAUUUAAAAAGACACUGGACUUCUCGUUGGAAUCUAUGAAGGAGGCUAUCAAGAAGGUGAGCCACACAGACAUUGGGAAGAAGAUGAAAGAAGGCGUGGAAGAAGCUGCACGCACUGCCAUGCACUCUGCUGAAACGGUCUCCAAGGGAGGAGAACGAUUGGGCAAGACCGAUGCCUUCAAGGCUAUCUCACAGGGUGUGGAGAACAUGAAGAAGGAGAUCGACGUGGGUGAUGCCGGACCGUAUAGAGCUCCUUCUCAGCUGAGGAAGAGGAGUGAUUUUUCGUCAAAAGGAGCUGCUGAUGACACUGUAGUGUUUGAGCCGAAUACGGAAAGUGUCAGUGUUGUUGUCCACAAUGACUCAAAGUGGGAACAGCAAUGGAGGGACUUCAAAGACAAUAACAUGGUUUUUAACAGGUUUUUAAACAUGAAGCUGAAAUACGAUGAGAGUGACAAUGCACUCAUCAGAGCAUCCAGAGCUGUGACUAACCUCCUUGGUGGUCUUUUCUCCAAGACGGAGAUUUCAGAGGUACUCACUGAGAUCCUGAAGGCAGACCCCAAAUUUGACAGAGAAUCUUUUCUCAAACAGUGUGAGAAAGACAUAAUCCCAAACAUAUUAGAGGCAAUGAUUCGUGGAGAGUUACAUGUAUUAAAGGAUUGGUGCUAUGAAGCGACUUACAGUCAGCUUGCCUAUCCCAUCCAGCAAGCAAAAGGUUUGGGGUUGCUGUUACAGUCCAAAGUCCUUGAUAUUGAUAAUAUUGAUUUGGCCAUGGGGAAGAUGAUGGACCAAGGCCCAGUGUUGAUCAUCACCUUCCAGGCCCAAGUCGUCAUGGUGAUUCGCAGUCCCAAAGGGGACAUAGUGGAAGGAGAUCCGGAGAAAGUGCUGAGGAUGAUGUAUGUUUGGGCGCUGUGUCGUGACCAGCAGGAGCUGAACCCCAGUGCGGCGUGGAGACUACUGGACAUCUCCGCCUCCAGCACCGAGCAGGUUCUCUAGGAAAAGAAAGCGAAGAGCAAAGUAGGGGGUGAAAAGAGACACACAAACAGAGGGAUAAGGGCAGAAGGAUAAGCCUGGAAUGCUUGCACGUACUAAUGCUGACACAAACAGACUGGUGUUAUUUUGUGUCUCUUUUUGCCAUUUCAUAGACUUUAUGUGUCGGUUUAUGAAACCAUACAGUGAGCUUCUCGCUGAGUUGACUGAGAUGCUGAAAUUAAUGACAAGAAGAGCCUAAACCAGGUGGCUACAUGGUGGACAAACUUCAAGCUGGACAGGUUUAAAAGGAAACUGCACUUCUUACCGUUCACAAUCAUUAUGAGAGAUAUGCCGACGGAUGAAUUUUUUUUAAUACAUUCUAACUUGUAGGGGUGUGGGAAAAAAAUCGAUUCGAAUUCGAAUCUCGAUUCCCACGUUGUGCGAUUCAGAAUCCAUCCAUCCAUCCAUCCAUUUUCUACCGCUUAUUCCCUUUUGGGGUCGCGGGGGGCGCUGGAGCCUAUCUCAGCUACAAUCGGGCGGAAGGCGGGGUACACCCUGGACAAGUCGCCACCUCAUUGCAGGGCCAACACAGAUAGACAGACAACAUUCACACUCACAUUCACACACUAGGGCCAAUUUAGUGUUGCCAAUCAACCUAUCCCCAGGUGCAUGUCUUUGGAAGUGGGAGGAAGCCGGAGUACCCGGAGGGAACGCACGCAGUCACGGGGAGAACAUGCAAACUCCACACAGAAAGAUCCCGAGCCCGGGAUUGAACCCAACACUACUCAGGACCUUCGUAUUGUGAGGCAGAUGCACUAACCCCUCUGCCACCGUGACGCCCUUUAUUUAUUUAUUUAUUUAUCUAUUUAUUUUUAUAAAAAAUUAAAUAAAUGUAUCUAUUUAUUUUUAUUAAAAAAAUAAAAAAUAAAUAAAUAAAAAUAAAUAGAUAAAUGUAUUUAUUUAUUUAUCUAUUUAUUUUUUAAUUAAUCAAUCCAACAAAACAAUACACAGCAAUACCAUAACAAUGCAAUCCAAUUCCAAAAGCAAACCCGACCCAGCAACACUCAGAACUGCAAUAAACAGAGCAAUUGAGAGGAGACACAAACACCACACAAAAGUAGUGAAACAAAAAUGGAUAUUAUCAACAACAGUAUCAAUAUUAGUUACAAUUUCAACACAGUAGUGAUUAAAAAUCCCUCAUUGACAUUAUCAUUAGACAUUUAUAAAAAAAAAAAUAGUGUCACAGUGGCUUACACUUGCAUCGCAUCUCAUAAGCUUGACAACACACUGUGUCCAAUAUUUUCACAAAGGUAAAAUAAGUCAUAUUUUUGGUUCAUUUAAUAGUUAAAACAAAUUUACAUUAUAGCAAUCAGUUGAUAAAACAUCGUCCUUUACAAUUAUAAAAGCUUUUUACAAAAAUCUACUACUCUGCUUGCAUGUCAGCAGACUGGGGUAGAUCCUGCUGAAAUCCUAUGUAUUGAAAGAAUAGAGAAUCCUUUUGAAUAGGGAAAAUAUCGUUUUUGAAUCGAGAAUCGCGUUGAAUAAAAUUGAUUUUGAAUCGAAUCGUGACCCCAAGAAUCGAGGGACACCCAAAGAUUCACAGCCCUACUAACUUGUAAAUAAAAGUCCGCUUACAGCAGAGCCAAUGGAAGCGCCACUAUUCCGCCCAUAAAAUCCGAUAAAUAAACAUUCAAAAAGCGCCAACAAUACUCCAUUUACAUUUUUCGACUUGUAUAUAACCAAGUAUUGGUGUUAUUGUUAUUAUAAUCACUAACGCAGACAAAUUAUUUAUAGCGGCGCCGUGAUCACUUCCUGUGUGCCUAUGUUUACAUCGAGUGGUCUGCUGCUUCCUCGCUUCCCUGCUCCCUGUACAUUUAUUUUAGACUAUAAAUCAUGCCUCUCACCUGAAAAAUAAAUGGCUGAGAAUAUAUUCCGACAAGUUGGGAUACUUUGACUGCCAUUUAGGACCUGGAACUGGCGAGGACGACAUGAAAAGUGCUUGUUUCCUCACCCCACCCUGUUUACUCGCGAGGAUUAUGAGACAUUCCUCAUCUAAAUGGGAAUAUAUGAACAUCCGAGCAGUCGGCAUCCUAAUGACAGCAGACUUUGUACAGUAAACGAUGUUUUAUUAUCAUACUUGCCAACCUUGAGACCUCCGAAUUCGGGGGUUGG